UUGGUUGUUUUUAAGUAUGUUGUUCACAUAGAUUAUUAACAGAAAUUAUUAAUGACUUAUGUUAAAUUGUGCUGCUUGUUGAAGAUACGUGCUUGUAUUAUAUGGUUACGACUUUUGCUUGGCGUAUGAUGAAAGGAACCAAAACUAUCCCAUCUAAUGUCCCAUAAACGUAUUUGGGGACUGAAAUAUCAGAGAUAAAGAAAUUGGCUCAUUCGAUGUCAGGAAGUAACCACACGAAAAGCCCUAGCAACGGCACAACAACGUGCUAACAACCACUCACCCCCCUAGCAACUUCAAGAGGAUCAUAACAGAGAGUUUUGCAUUGACGAGCACCACUCACAUUUUAUCAGAGAAAUGUAUUCAUUACACUGGGCCAAGCCUUGAAGUUGACUUCUCCACAGUGGGACGCAGACUCCUAUGUUUGGACUGUAUGAUGAGAGGAAUGCGCGCUCCCGUUUGCCGUGGAUGAACUCUCUCUCAUGCCCGUGCCCCUGAGGUUCUGCGCUGGGAAACCCCGCGGCCUUGUGGAUGCACUUAGAUGUGUGCAAUGAGUGCUGUGGCUGACAUGCCUCAGUGUUUUGGAUUGCUGUGCUCUGGACUCAGUAGGACAAGAGACUCCCAGCACAGAACGUCAUGAGCAUAGUCUUCCCAGUAGGGGUGGACACGGCCAACACCUCGUACCUGGACAUGGCUGCAGGCUCAGAACCAGAAUCUGUGGAGGCCAGCUCCGUUGUAGUGGAGAAGUCCAGCUACCCUCACCAGAUUUACAGCAGUGGCUCGCACCACUCCCACGGCUACAUCGGUCUGCCUUACGCCGACCAUAACUAUGGGGCGCGACCCCCGCCCACCCCGCCCGCGUCCCCCCCUCCCUCAGUGCUAAUACGGCCGGGCGAGAGUUUGUUUGUGUCUGGGGGCCGGGCGAGCGAGGGCCUGUUUGUGCCGGGCGGGCAGGACGAGGCGUCGCGCGGCACCACGCUCAGCACCUCGGAAGACGGCAGCUACGGUGCUGACAUCACACGCUGCAUCUGCGGCUUCACCCAUGACGAUGGCUACAUGAUCUGCUGCGAUAAGUGCAGUGUUUGGCAGCAUAUUGACUGCAUGGGGAUCGACCGGCAAAACAUUCCCGAGACGUACCUGUGUGAACGCUGUCAGCCCCGCACGCUGGACAGAGAGCACGCCAUCCUACUACAAACCAGGAAGAGAGAGAACAUGUCUGAUGGGGACACCAGUGCUACGGAAAGUGGAGAUGAGGUUCCACUAGAGCUGUACACAGCCUUUCAGCACACCCCUACCAGCAUCACACUCACCACAGCUCGUCUCGGCAACAAACAGACAGAAAAAAAGCGAAAGAAGAGCGGAGAGAAGGAACCCACGGCUCCACCCAGGGCAAAGAAGGCAUUCCGUGAAGGCUCUAGAAAAUCAUCUAGAGUGAAGGGCUCCGCUCCCGAGUGUGAGCCAACAGAUCCUCCCUCUCUUUGGGAGAAUAAGAUGAAGUCAUGGAUGGAGCGCUACGAAGAGGCCAGCAGUAACCAGUACAGUGAAGAAGUGCGGAUACUGCUUCGAGUCAAAGAGGCCAGAGAUGGCAAGACGCUGGCCUACAACACGCACACCGCAGCCUUUAAACCACCUGUAGAGAGUCACAUACAAAAAAACAAACGCAUUUUAAAGGCUGUUCGGGAUUUGGCUGCUGACUCGCUCAUAAUCGAAUACCGGGGGAAAGUCAUGCUGCGACAGCAGUUUGAGGCCAACGGUUACUUUUUUAAGAGGCCGUACCCCUUCGUAUUGUUCUACUCUAAGUUUGACGGUUUGGAAAUGUGCGUGGACGCUCGGAGCUUUGGGAACGAGGCCCGAUUCAUCCGUCGUUCGUGUACGCCCAACGCUGAGGUGCGGCACGUGAUCGAGGACGGCAUGCUGCAUUUAUACAUUUACUCUCUGAGGUCCAUUCUCAAGGGCAGCGAGAUCACCAUUGGCUUUGAUUAUGACUACGGCAGCUGUAAAUAUAAGGUGGACUGUGCUUGUUUGAAAGGCAAUCUGGAAUGCCCUGUGCUAAAGCAGAAUUUAGAGCCUACAGAAAAUUUGGGUUCUAGCACACGACGCCGUGGCCGCAAGGACAGAGAACCGUCACGGGACGAGACCGGACAGAACCAGAACCUGAUAAUGGACUGUGACGGCUCCAAGGCGAAAUCACUCAAUGACGGCAAACAGAGAAAACUCUCUCCUCUACGCCUCUCUAUCUCUAACAAUCAGGAUCCUGAGUUAAUAGAGGAUCUAGAAGAGAAAACCUCCAUUAGCAAUGAAGUAGAGAUGGAGUCAGAGGAGCAGAUUGCAGAGAGGAAGAGGAAGAUGACGCGUGAAGAAAGGAAAAUGGAGGCCAUUCUGCAGGCGUUUGCUCGGAUGGAGAAGAGAGAGAAACGACGAGAGCAGGCGUUAGAGAGAAUCGGCACUAAGGGGGAGAUCGGUGGGCGCAGCGAUAUAAAGGAAGAGCCACCGCCCACACCAGAGGCUGAAUGUCCUGCUAUAAUACAGCCCAUGAUUGAGAUUGUGAAGGAGGAGCCCUGUCUAAAGCCAGGCAAAGUGAGCCGUACCAAGCAGAGAAAAAGCUUCUCUCGGAAUCGCACUCACAUCGGACAGCAGAGGCGGCGAUCCCGCACAGUCAGUUCUUGCUCCGAAUUGCCACCUAAUUCCCCUGGUGACGGUUUAGAGUCUCAUGACUCGGCAGAGACUCAUGAUGGAGAGAUGCCCUUAGCUCCUGAGAUUGACGUGCCUCCAUCACACGCUCCUGAUGCCAGCCCGCCUCACAGCAGCUCGCCUGCCCCAGCGUCCCGUGGUGGGCAGAAGUACCCCAAAACUAAAAAGCACUUAGUGAGCGAAUGGAUGGGUGUCGAGAAACCAGAGCGGGGAGCUUCACGGACGCCAGAGCUGCCACCUGAGAGGCCGCUGAGGAUAAGCAGUGAUCCCGAGGUCUUGGCUACGCAAUUAAACUCUCUUCCAGGCAUGGCCUGCAGCUCACACGUCUACAGCACACCCAAACACUACGUCCGUUUCUCAUCUCCGUUUUUGGCCAGCCGCAGCCCUACCACUCCUGGGGUGCCCACGAGCCGGAGGCGCUCGCGAGAACUGCCCGAAACACCACCUACAACCGGCUCUUGCAAGAAGCGCUGGCUAAAGCAAGCUUUAGAAGAGGAGGGCUCUACCAGCCCAGGAGGAGGACGCCUUUCUCUGUUGAUGCCCAGUGAAAGCCCUCUCAGUCCCUCCAUCAAUGGAGAGUCUUGCAGCCCUCUACCCCUAAACGGCAGUUGCUCGCUACCAGAGUUGCCUACCCCGUUGAAGAAACGGCGCUUAUGUUCAGUUGAUCCAUACAUGUCGGAGACCUCCACCCCAUAUGGAUCUCCAUGUGCCACCCCAACGCGAACAGAUUCAACAGACACGCCAGGCACGCCCCUGUUGCUAGCCACACCUCCUCGACCGCGCCCAGAAGACCUGAGUACUGAAUCCUUGGCUUCAUUACAGGUUCCCAGCCACCCUCCACAACAGGAGAGCGAGUCAUCUAUGGACAGCUCUCCAGAUGGUAGCCGGAGGCCGAGCACACAAGACUUGGACCGGCCACCUUCGCUCUUGGCAUCUCCCUGUGCGAGGACAGUCGUCCCUGAUCCUGCACCACAGGAAUCUAUAAAACCUGCCGGGUCCCAGAGUCCUCAGCCCUCGCUCACUGAGCCCCAGGAUAUAGCCGGUGAUGAUGGCAUGGAGGUCGAAGGUAGUGGCUCAGAAGCUGCCUCGACAUCGGAUACACCCGUGUCUGCUUAUCCCCCCUGGAUGAAGAGUCCAGACCGAGGUGGUCUCUCUUUUUCCUCAGUGAACUCUAAUUUGAGAGACCUCACGCCCUCUCACACUUUGGAAUUAGGAGCGUACCGGCCAGAUUCGACCUCUGCUAGCCCCUUUAGCGACACGGCGCCCUUUUAUUCCUGUGGUGAGGAGAGCGGUGGCAUAACCUUUACCCGCUCAUUAAGUGGAGAUGGCACUGGGGACGGAAGUGCAGCAAAAAAUCCAUCACAGAAGAAAAAGGUCUCUCUCCUGGAGUACAGAAAACGGCAGCGUGAAGCACGGCGAAGUGGUUCGAAGGGAGAGUGCAGCUCUCCUCUUUCCACAGCACCUCCUGUUGACAUAUUUCCUGUUUCUGUGGAAAUAGCUAUUGAGCCACCUGCAUUUGCAGCGACUCUGACCCCGAGGACUCCUCAACCAAUUGAAGAGCCAGAUGCCCCACCUCAGGGGGAGGGAGAGGGCCAGUGGACAUCUUCCACAUCAGUAGAACAGGCGAGGGAGCGAGGCUACCAUAGGGCCCUGUUGUUGAGCGACCACCGAAAGGACACGGACGGAGAGGGAGAAGGGGAUGCGCAGAUGAAGGAAUGUCUUUCACCCAAGAGUUGCAAAAGUCCCUCAACAAAUGCACCCUGUUCUCCAGCACCCCAGAUUGUGUCUCGCCCAUCCAAGGAUGAGGAGAGUGAAACGCAACCUCACGGUCCUUCUCAACCCCAGGCACUGUCCGUCCAGCAGUCCAGCACCACCAAGGCUUCAAGCUCCAAACCACCGGCCUCUCUGACGCCCAGCAAGAUGGCAUCCCAGAGUCACUAUCCUGGAUCUUCGCUCAUGCACUCUCCCAAAGCGCAACCCCAAGGAUCACCUUACCGUGGCCAGCGAACCUUUUUGACAACUCCGUCGCAAAACCAGCCUCAGCCGCAGGCUACUUCUGUCCCGGCCCCUUUCCCUCAGUAUAACCCUCAAAAUGCCCCACCUCCACCACCACCUCCUCCCCCAGCACCUCCUUCUUCUGCUCCCUACUUUCCUACUCAGCCAGCUGCAGCUGCUGCACCUUUUCCUGCGUUCAAGCCAACGGUUGCAUCGCCCUUUCCACCUGGCUCGCAGCCUCUCCUGCAGCCCCAUCAUGCAUUGCACUACCAGAGCAGUGCUGCCCCUCCCCCACCACCUCCUCCUCCCCCUCCCCAUCCACAGUCUGGCCCCACCUUGCUGCAUGUCAAUCUGCAACCUCCUCAAAUGCAGCAGCAUCAACUGCUGCUGAGCUCUGCCCUGCCCCCACCACCACCUCCACCACCUCAGACCCAAACUUCCCAACAACCCCAGCCUACUAGUGGCACACUGCUUGUCAAACAAGGACCACACCCAUCGACCUUACCACCUUCCGGUAAUGCACCACACCCGUUUCAGAACAUUAGUGGCUUUCAGACCACCCUACUUCACCAGUCGGCACCAACCAAUCCCUCUGUAACUCCUUCCACUUAUCAACAAACUGUAUUACCCCCUCCUCCUCCUCCACCACUCCAGCAAACUCCUCCCACGCAGGCGCCGGCCAAUGCGAAUGUCUCGCAGAUUGCCUCCGGCAAUCGAGGACCCGCCCCUUCGUCUGCCCCCUUUCACAGUACUGGCUACUUGGGCACAGGAUGGCACUGACCUCACCUUAUCAAACUCCACCCCCAGACGAACUCUUCCAGAGAUGGGGUGGAGCCACACCGUGUAACAUAGGCAACACAGCACCACUGUAAAUAUUUUCUAUGUACCUUUUCACAAUGGCUAACAGAAAACGGUGGGAAAAAGGGUACAUUUUAAAAAGAAAAAUGGAGAACUGUUAAAACAAGACUGUGUAAAAGAUGAUGGUUAAUGAACCCUGGUGCUCAUCACUUACCCCCAAAUACCCUCAAAUCUCUCCUUCUACUGCCAUCCUGUCUUUUUCAGAUAACUUCAUUUACUUUUAAUGUUUUUAUUCAUUUUAAAUCCCCUUUCCUAUCUCUUCCUGUCAGAUCCCUCCUCUAUCCUCCCACUGCAUUGCAAUGCAAUGGGACAUUCCAGUCUUCUCCUCACCUUUCCCUUCCUUUCCUGUUCUGUCACAGUUUUUUCGUUCAACAGUUAUUUGUUUUAUCUAGUGGCUCAUUAUAUAGCAAAAACGUUUUGUAUAGAGAAAAAAUACAGAAUUAUUAUUUUUUUUAUUCCUUCAUGUAACAAAAUAUCUGUGCACCGCUGCAGAAAUACAGAGAAGACCUUUCCGAUAGGCCGCUUCACUGCCCCAGGAGACUGCACUUGCGUGAAUGAGCAAGGUUGUGUGUACGAAUGUCUGUAUCAGAGCGGAGGGAAUGUUUGUGCGUGUAUGCUUGUGGAGUCUGUGUCCGCGCGCAUAGUUGAACCAUGCAAGAAGCGGAAGGUAAAUACGCCGCAGACAGAUGCGUGCUGUUCUCUGAGGCAGCUUUAAAAGAGAGAGGUCCUUCCUGUAGGGGGUAAGCGGUUUAUUUUUGAAUAUCAAUGGUUAUUUGUAGAAAGUGUAAUUUAAUGUACAUGUGGUUACUCCACCUUUCUCCAGAAACAGUUGUACAUAUUGGCUUCUUUUCUUUUCUAUGCUUGUAUAAUCGCUCCCAUCCCCAUUUUGGAAUAUGGUUGUAAAUACAUGCGCUCUUGGCAAAAAGCUGAAUGUUUCUGUGACAGUAGCACUAUUUUUAUUUCUUCCUCUCUGGUUUAAUUUUUUUUUUACUGUUUGUGUGUGAGUGUAUGUGUGUGUGAAGGACAGAGGUUCACAGACACAGCACUGGUUGGCUAUUUUCAUGGUUCAUUAUAAUAAAUCACUGUAAUGACAGUUUUAUACCAA